AAUUACUCGAUUGUCAUUAAACGCUUGAUGGAUGACCACGUUUGCAUUUAAGUAUUUAAAUGUUUAAAUACGCCGUGAAAACCCAUCUUUCAACUAGCCAGCUACGAUCUGGGAUUUAACGUAUGCACCAGGAAUGGAUGGUCUCCUUUUGAGGAAGCACGUGAAUUCCCUGCUGAUAUUCAUUUGUGCUAUUCUUCAACUAGCAAGGAGUUUACCCUACCCUGGUCAGUUUUCCGUUACCAGAGAUCAAAAUCGGCUAGUACCUGGGUACACAAGAACGCCAGUGUUCCAGCGGUUUGUUCCUUACCAGCGAUCACCCUCACAGUCAUGGGGUUCACGCUCAUAUAAUUUGAAUAGACCUGAAUUACAAAUCGCACAGAAUCGGGUUUCAGACAGGCAAUCCGCACAGAGUCGGCGUUUAGACAGACAAUUCUCACAGAAUCGCGUUUCUGACAGGCAAUUUCGAGACAACUUCAUACCUCGUACACGAACGCGUGAGAGACUGCCGUCAUACGAACGCUCGAGACCAAGCCAUUUCAGAACCUACAUCCGUCAGAUAGACCUUCAACGUCCACGACGGUUGCAGCAUGUUCAAAGAACUAGGCCCAUCCCGUACAACCCAGAGGGAAGAACAAAAAUUUCGGUUGUAAAUGGACCUUUAAGUCAAGUUGUACAGCACCCGAAACCUAGAAAUAUGAAAGAGCAACACCGGAUGGGAUACCGUGUAGUGGCGAAGGCAAAAAGUUUUCCGGGAAUUUUAAAGGAUACAUCACUCGAUGUUACAACUGUGUAAAUGUUUUCGUUAAAAUAUCUACAACACCUACUAAAAAUGAACUUUUGUGUGUGAAAACUAACUCUCACAUCAGAAUUUCAAUGCGCGAAGUUUUUUUACCAAGUACAAAAUAUUGUAAAUCUAAUACGUCAGAGUAAGUGAAGUAAAACUUAAAUGUCACGGGCUGUUUUCGAAAAUAGAAAUCAGCAGGAAUAUCGAUUAGGUUCAUUUUUAAAUCUGACAUUUAUAAUAAUGUAUAUGCUUCCAUAUAUAUAUAUAUUACACGAAUAUUGUUUUACAAUGCAUUUGUUAAACAGUUCAUUGUCAAAUAGGUAGGGGGUAGGCUUUGUUCAAUACUAUCUAUUGUUAUCAUGCUUUUA